AUGGCGGAUCACGACACUCCGUCACAGGAUGUUUCUGGCUCUAAUCCAGAAGCCAAACGGAUCAAAAUCGAUAACGAUGCCUCCACUGCAGCACCCCUGGAAACUAGAAUGACUGAAUCGCGAGCAGGCAUCACAGCCUAUAUCGACCCCUCUCUCCCCGGUUUCCAAGGAAUCAUCAAACAGCGAUUCACCGACUUUAUGGUCAACGAAAUUGAUACCUCCGGUACUGUCUGCCGAGUUACAGCGCUCCACCCUCCGCCCGGCAAAUACCUCUCUCAGCUACACCCCUCCGAAGCCUCUUCAAGCACCAGCACCACCAAGGAGCACGCAACCCAAGCAGCGCAAGGGCUCGAAAAAGCCAAGGUCGACGAAGGAGCCUGGCCCACAGAUGCCGAUUUCAAACUCUCUCCUUUCUUCACACCCGAAUCGAUCGCCGGUAUAAAGGCCAUGUGGUCCAGAGGUAAAGACGGAGAGAACAUGGCCACAGGAGCGAACGCCACUAUUGUCUCUGCUGCUAGCAUCACCACUCGUCCGCUCGAAGACAAAGACCAGAGAACACAGGUGCACAAACUUAUUCGAGAACUAUUCCACGGCAAACUUGGGACUGAUUCUUGCAAAGUUCGCCCGAUGGGUGGUGGUAGGAAAACAGCGGAGCAACUUCAAGAGGACGAAGAUGCGCUUGCGAAUAGAGAGCAGAGUGUUUCUGCUGCAAGCACGAGGAUUGCAGUUAGAUGGGCGAAUAGGUCGGAUAGAAGAAUAAGUGAGGAGCUGCCGGAAGAAGCAAGAAAUUCUCCACCGUACAUCCAUUUCUUGUUGCAUAAGACGAAUAGAGAUCAUCAGGAGGCGAUGGGCAUGCUCGCCGAUCUGAUGAGGUUGGGUGGUGGUGGAGGUGGUGGUGGGAGGGGAGGGAGAGGGAGAGGAAGGGGGAGAGGAGGAUUUGCGGGUAGAGGUGGGGGUAGACUGCCAACGAAGGAUUUGGGUGUGGCGGGAACGAAGGAUAAGAGAGCGGUGACGGUGCAAAGAGUUUCGCUGAAACGCAAUAGGAAGACGUUGGAUGAUGUGUAUCGCUUGGUUAAUGGGAUCACUGCUGAUGUGGGUGCUUCGAAAGGCAAGGGAAAGGGUAAAGGAAGGACAGUACUCGAUGCAACCACAGCUAGAGGAGAUAGAGGCAUUCGUAUCGGUCACCUGUCCUACGCUCAGCAACCGCUCAAACUUGGCCAACUGAAAGGGAAUGAAUUCACCAUCACCCUUCGCAACGUCCGUCCCUCUCCUUUUUCCUCCUCUAGCGGUGAUGUAGAUGAAGCGUUCCUCUCCACCGUCCGCGCCUCCAUGGAAGUACUUCGCAACCGUGGCUUCAUCAACUACUUUGGCAUGCAGCGGUUCGGCACCGGCGCUAUCCCAACUCAUCACAUUGGCAUCCUCAUCCUUCAAAACGAUUUGAAAUCCGCCAUCAAUCUUUUAUUUCUCCCUCGUGGCCCCUCCACCCCUACCUCGGACGAUGGUGAUUCAAUCGACCUUCUCAAAGCUAAACAACUCUACCGCGACGGAGAGCUAGAAAAAGCCUAUUAUGCAAUUCCGAAGAAUUGUAUCGCUGAAAAGCAUAUCCUCGACAAAAUGAGGAGUCACAAGUGGAACAGCGGUGACUGGCAAGGAGCAUUUGGAAACAUCCCAAGGACGUUGAGAUUGAUGUACGUUCAUGCGUAUCAGUCGUACGUGUGGAACAGAUUGGUUUCGGAGAGGAUCGAGAGAUUUGGUAGCGGAGAGGCGGUGGAGGGUGAUGUGGUGUUUGCCGAUGCGAACGAAGAUGAUAUUUGGGGUGCAGACGACGAUGAACCUGCUGCGGAGAAGGAUGGGGAUGAGAUGGAUGAGGAUGAUCUUCGCAAUGACGAGAUGAAGGUCCCUACUUGGCAGCGACCCAUCAAAGUCCUUAUCAAGGCCGACCUGGAAGAAGGCAAGUGGAGCAUCUACGACGUAAUCCUGCCUCUACCCGGCUCAUCCAUCGACCUACCACCCGGCUGGAUGUCAGAUCUCUACACAUCUAUUCUUGCAGCCGACAACCUCACCCACGACCAACUCACCUCCUCCAAGACCCCCGAAUACCAACUCAAAGGAUCCUACCGUCGAAUGCUGGUCAAACCACGAAACUUUGAUUACCGCAUUACAUCUUACACCGACCCUGACGUCCCGCUCACCUACACGGAUGAAGAGCUGUGCCUCAACCCCGAGCUGUCGAACUCUCUUCCAGGAGCAGAGAACGGGAAAGAGAAGGAAGGGAAAAAGUUCACAGCACUGACGUUGAAGUUUCAGCUUCCUUCGAGCUCGUACGCUACGAUGCUGAUGAGGGAGGCGCUGAAGGAAGAUACUUCGAGUCAUAAGCAUCGACAAUUGACGAAGCAGAGCGGUGAUCAGAGGUUCAAGGGCUCUUCGGCACAGGCUUGA